AAAGGCACGUUGAAAUUCAAGGUUGAAGGCAAUUCUCUCAGAUCAUGUAAAUAAAAGGUAAAAAGUGUGAGCUUUGCAAUAAUGUGGCAAGAGUGUAUUGUGAAUCAGAUGAGGCCAUGUUGUGCUGGGACUGUGACUCCGGAGUACACGGUGCCAAUUUUCUGGUUGCUAGGCUAUAGGCAUUUAAGAACUAUUCUUUGCCACCUCUGUCAAUCUUCUACGGCCCAGAAUGGCUCGGGACCAAAGCUUGCAUCCAUUAUUUGUGCUUGCAGCAAUUGCAUCAAUAGAAGUGGUUGUAGAGAAGAGAUAAAUAUCACUUACUACGACGAUGAUACUAGCGGUAAUGAAGAAAAACAAGUGGUUUCAUGGCCUUGUAUGCGUGACACCGUUGAACCCGCUUCUAGUCAGGACCACUUAGGCUGCUCGUUUUAUGCACUUCAGAGCAAGAAUUUGCCUUAUGAACCAACUUUCUUGAAUGCCUUUGGGUCAUCGCAAGGAAGAAAAUAACAGUUUUAGGAUUACAAGAGGGUAUGAUUGUGGGACACCGUAGCAACAAGUCAAAAAUAUUGCUGCUUCAUAUCUGCAAAUGAAAGCAAAUUCUGCUUCUAAGAUGUUAAUGCCAUUCUUAAUCGCUAAUUGAUUUCGUUUAAUAAGAGGUAAUUAUCUGUAAUUGUGAAUCACCCAUCCUUGAAUCUGGAUCAAGAUGUAUUAAUA